AACAACUUGAUUGUAACCAGAUCGGGAUGUGAACAACCGCCCAGAACGACCUAGCACUGGCUCUGUCUGUGCCUGGUGAGCGUUUGUCGAAGAAACUUCAAUGCGAACAACUUCCGUUGACCGUUGCCCAUGGACAAGGGGAUUCUCAGGCACCGAACCUUUGCUCCUUGCUCGCGGUAAUUCUCUACGUAUGGCCUAUCCGACCCGUUGGUGCGUGUAUCAUCCAUCACCUUCGAUGAUGCUCAGACGCGCGAAGCAUCAAGAGAACAAUGUGCUUGCAAAAGGCACCACUUUAGACUAUAGAUCUAUGCUGGUACGGAGCAAGUCCAAGGUUGACUGACGAAAUAUGUUGUCCCUUCGACUGCCGAUGUAGUUUCAGCUCAGCAAUGUAAUGUUGGGUGAGGGUAGACGGAACGAAGUCAAACAUGGAUAACCUGGCGGAGUGUUCGAACCUUACCGAAGAAUCACUCCUGCAGGCGUUGCUCACUCGCUUCUACGACCACAAAAUCUACACGGGGCUCGGAGAGAUUCUUGUGGCGCUGAACCCGUUCCAAACGCUCGCCUUGUACGGCCAGGACGCGGCUCACGCAUAUUGUGGUUCUGCCGUUGCUACCAAGUUGCCUUCGCAGGAAGCCGAGGAAGACCAAAUCGCUGACAGAAACCAGCCGCAUAUCUUCAAAGUGGCUGGCCAACUCUACUCGAACCUAGUGCACCACGGCGAAUCACAGGCGUGCAUCAUCAGCGGGGAAAGCGGAGCGGGAAAGACAGAAGCCUGCAAGCACAUCGUACAGCAGCUGACGUUCAUCAACUCUUUAAGAUGCGGGCCGGGUCCAAUUCACCAUGUCCAGGAGAUUUCAGACAAGCUUAUCCAGAUGAAUCCCCUGAUGGAAGCAUUUGGCAAUGCUAAGACAUCAUUCAAUGACAAUAGCAGUAGGUUUGGCAAGUAUGUGCAGCUGUGGACAGACCGUGACAAUGGCGACUGUCUGUGCGGUGCAACCGUUGAUCACUACCUGUUGGAGAAGUCACGCGUCACAACACAGUGCUUCAGUGAACACAACUAUCACAUCUUCUACUUCAUACUGGCUGGGCUAUCGCAUGAUGUCAUUCGCAGAUUUCACCUUCAUGAACCAAACCAGCAUUGUUAUCUUCGGUCUAGCCCUGAUUGCCGAGAACGAGUGGAGUCAGAGCAGUGCAGGCAAGGAUUCCAAGAGGUGGUUGCAAGCAUGAACAGCCUGGGCAUUCGUGAGCACACGCAGAAUUACAUCUUUCGUGUCGUCGGUGCUGUUCUUCUCCUGGGCAACCUGGAGUUUGGUGACGGCGAGGUAGCGUACUGCAACCCAACAUCGGCUAAAACAAUCGAUGCUGCACGAGCACUGGCAGUAGAUCCUGUACUGCUUUGCAAGUCAUUGGUAGCCUCAACCAACGUCAUGAAAGGAGAAGUCAUCUCGUCGCCCUUCACACCGGCCAAGGCGCAGGACUGCCGAGAUGCAGCUGCAAGGGCAAUCUACAGCAAUUUGUUUGACUACAUCAUUAGCCUGGUCAACACCAACCUUGCCACACUUUUCGAAGCCCGUAGCAGAGAGAUGGGAAGCAUUGGUAUCCUGGACUUGUUCGGCUUUGAAAACUGCGAGACAAACAGCUUUGAGCAGCUAUGCAUCAACCUUGCGAACGAGCAGCUGCAAUCACUGUUCAACAAGAAAGUGUUCGAGUUGGAGAAGGCAGAGAUGAUCAAGGAAGGUCUCCAAGCCGUGGACGUGACGUUUGAAGACAACAGCGAUGUGAUUGCACUCAUUGCCGCAAAGCCCAUCAGUCUACUUGCAGUCCUGGAUGAGCAGAGUGUGUUCCCAAAGGCCACAGAUAAAAUCUGUUUGGAACGCUUCUCAGAGCGAUUCUCUACUCAUCGGAGAUUUACUCUAUCCAUGGGCACAUCUGAGUUCUGUAUCAACCAUUUUGCUGGCAAGGUCACGUAUAAUGUGAGAGGGUUCCUGGAGAAGAACCGGGACACCCUGGCGCAGGAUAUCAUCGAUCUCUUCUGCAACAGCCGCUUUGGUCUGCUCCGCACCUUGUUCUUGAAUGGCGAGGCAGCACAGCAGGAGAAUACCGCCAAGAAGGCAAGUCGGACAAAGCAAGCCCCAACGCAGCCAGCGCAGCAUCGUUUCAGGUCAUCGUUUCGCAAGCAAAGUUACCAGGUGCAUCGAAGACCGUCCAACUCCGUCAUGCGAAAGCAGUCCACGCGGAAGAACAAGGUCACGGUCGGCACCCAAUUUCGACUCUCGCUUCGCCAGCUCAGUGCCACGUUAAUGGCAGCUGAGCCCGUCUUCAUCAGGUGCAUCAGGCCUAACCUUGGCAAGAAACCCAGCUGCUUUGAUAGCAACUAUGUCGCACGUCAAAUCAGACAAACUGGUCUUGUCGAGACCGUUCGGAUUCGAAGGGAAGGGUACUCUUAUCGUCCGACAUUCGCCGAGUUUCUCCGUGCAUACCAAGGAAUUGCGUUUCCCUACACUGACAAGGUUGCUCCGAGCUUGAAGUCUUGCUUUGCCAUUCUGAAUGGCGCCGGUCUGACAUCAUGGCACCUGGGUAAAACCCGAGUGUUCCUUAAGUACUACCAUGAGGACCACCUGCUGAAGUGUUUGACUGACCAAAACCAGUGGGCCAUCGUUCUGCAGGCCAACUGGAGAAAGGUUCUAGCACAGAGAAAGCUUCAAUACCUCCGUUUGGAAGCAAGUCGGGAGCGACGCGAAGUACGUGAUUUCUGCAAUUCAAUUCUUGCAACGUCCGAAUCUGUACUGUGCACGCUGUUGGCGCUGGCCGCAGAGGACGAGGCACGGCAUCGGGCUGUUCAGCAGCAGCUGUCCGAGCCGCUGCUGCUGCCCACAGUACCACAGGCACCACCGGUUGUGGUGCGGAAGAAGACAAAGAAGGAUAAGCAAGCUACCAAGCACACAUCAUCUGUGCUGGCAUGGGACGAUACACGGCAUGUCAACAAGCGACGAUGGCCAAGCUUCAAGAAACAGCCAAGAGACCCACCGACGCUGCCACCACCACCGCCACCAGCGCACCAAGCGCAUGCGCCCCGAUUCGAGCCGACCAAUAAUGCACUCGUUACUAGCGAGCCGGUCGAGUGCGCAACGCCAUCGCGGCACGACUCACCCAGUCACUCUGUCACUAGCAAGCCACAUGAACUCAAGCGGCGGACAAGCAGCUUCUUCCGACCCAAGCAAGAGUCCCCAGCUACUGAAGUGCUGGUGGAAUGGAGGCGUAAGGAGCUUGCACGGCACUCUGGACAGUUCGAGAGCAAGUGGGGCGUCAUGUUCUCUGCGUGGUUCCACGGGUUAAUUCCCCGCGCCCGAGCAGAGGAACUGGUAAGCUGCAAGCCGAACGGAACGUUCCUGAUCCGAGUCAGUGAGAAGAGGUUUGGAUACACGUGCACAGUAAAGUGGAACGGCUCGGUGCAGCACUUUCUGAUUGAGCAGCUACCUGGUGAUGGGCGUUAUCGCGUUGUCGGUAGCAUGACAACGUAUCCAGACUUGGCAGACUUUGUCGACUACCACAGCUGCCACCCUCUUUCUGACAGUGGUGAGGUACUCCUUCACCCAUGUGGCGAGAAAGCCAAGGUGUCACAAUCUGAGGCUGCCAAGCGAGGCCUAUCCGGUGCCGGUGGGUAUGAAGGCCGUGUGGGCUGGAGAAAACCAAACAACUCACCGUCUUGUGCGCCAUUCCGGAAUGGGAACCGUACCAAAUCCGCCGCCUCUGGAAGGCGCCGCGGGCCACAGCAGCAAACAGGAUUCUCCCGGCUAGCGUUCUGGAAAACACGGCAAUGAAACGAAACCUCUUGUCCUACCGAGCAAACCAACCCCAAGACUCGAUUGUGUUUUGUUGUGUAUCAACCGAGUCGAGCUAGCUGCAUACGAGACGUCACCAGUUUGAGUGUAUCCAUCUCAUGUUUAGCCGAUUCAGUGGCUGACAUGUUCUCCAGGCAUUGUCCGCUCAGAGAAAAUUAUGUCAAAUCGGUUGAUGUGACAUGCGGCCUAUGACCCGAGCGAGAAAUGAAUAAUAGCCAAAUUCAAAAUUUAAACCGGAAUGAGACUCUAAAAAAUGUAUUGCAUGCUACUGUACGUGACUGGGGGAAUGAGCAAGCAAAUGAGGAAGGAAAUGGUAGAGCGUUUCGUCCUUCAGCUGAGACUGUCUGCACCUCUCUGUCUCUCUGUAUGUCUCUCUCUCUCUCUCUCUCUCUCUCUCUCUCUCUCUCUCUCUCUCUCUCUCUCUCUCUCUCUCUCUCUCAUGACUGUGUUUGUCUAUGUGCCCUUGCCUCCCUCUCAUACAUGUAUUCCUAUGUUCACUGGUCUGCCCGUAACUCUCUCAGCUGUUCUGUCCGUCUCUCUGCCGUCUGCUCCUACCUGUGUGCCUGAAAGCCGGCCUGCUAUCCUCUUAUGUGAGCAUUUAUACCAGACUGUGAGCUUUUCCCUAACAAUGCAAGCUGGUUUACAUGGCACUAGAUGAUCCCCUCCCACCCACCACACCCCGGUCUCCGACAUAUUUCUCUCCUAAAUGUUUUCCCCUCUGUAUCAGUAGUUCGAGGUGAUGUGCAAUUAUGUAACGUGGUAGUAAAUUUUCCAUUUUUCUCUACUUUCCGGAACGUUAAUGUGUCAACUGUUGAUAUGAAGUUGAAGUUUGG